AUGAAUAAGGAAAAAUUUAGCAAGGACCAGAAAAAAAAGGAGGAAGUGAACAUCGGUGUAAAGGUAGGUAUGGGCAAUCUAACCUUCGGUGUAGAUACAAAAGUCGAGUUCAACAGCUCCAACGUAAAAAAAACUACAGCUAGAUAUGGGAAAAAUGGUGAGUGUUGCUCAAAACCAAAACCAAAUCCGAAAGAAAAAAAAAAAAGCCAAAAUGGGGUAUCUAUCCACAAAACACGAAGACGUCAACGCACCAAAGUACGACAAAAACCAUCGGAAAAGAAAAAUAUUCAUCUUAGGCAUCGGUAUCGAACGUGGUGACCUCACUAUCAACGCGCACACCCAAAUCAGUUACGUCAGCGCAACAAUAAAAAAAUAUGAAAAGCAAAUAAAUGAUGAAAAUCCAAGUGUGGCGAACAUUAACGUGAACGAUCCUGGUGUCGUGCCUGCUCCUCCCGAUAACAGUUGAAGUUUUACUUAUCGUCAUUAUCCUAAAAUUACUACUAUCUAAUAAUUGAAAAAAUAAACAUUAAAUAUUUUUUUCUCUUCCUUGGUUCCUCGUGCGAGGAAAAGAUUUUGGGAUAAAAUCCAGAAUUAACAAAAAGUGCGUCUAUACACUACUGCUUCAAAAUCGAAGGAAUUAUGAAAAAAGUAUGAAAAACCCACGAAGUUUGAACGGUGCGCACAGGUUUAGGUCCUGUGGCGAACUCCUUCAUCCCAUAUUGUAAACAUCUUGUCUAUAAGGUUUAGAUCCUUUUGGAAAUUUUUUGGAAAUUUUCGGGAACAAAAUUCUCAAAAUGACAAAAAGUGUUUUGAAUACCAUCUAUAAGUCCUUGUUCACUCUCAUAUCGGUCGUUCCUGCUGAAGAAAUUUGAAAGUUCGGACAGAAACCCAAAGAAGAAAAAUUUUCAAUAGGCGGUGGUCCCCUUUGAUCUCUGUACCAAAGCCAAAUGGAGUUUCCUCUGACCUGUCCACGCGAACCCUACGUGAGGUACAGGGACGAUUCCGUGGUGCUUUUUACCGUAGUGGGUGGCAAGAAAUUUAGGAAACGGGUAGAAAAAUUUCUUGCGGGAGGAAGAAUAAUCCCCAAAUCAGGUGAAGGGAUCUCUCCCCGGGCUUGGUGUACAGGGAAGAGGGUAUAAAUCCCCGGUGGUCCAAUUCCCGACAUAUAUACACUACUGAUGGAUGUCGUGAUCUAUCCAGCUAAUCACUUCUUAAACAACUUUGUUUCAGAUAGAUCAAGAAAAAAGUUAAAGAUGAGGUAAUUCAAUGACUUCUGAAAAGAACAUAGCAGAUUACGACCAUAAUAAAACAGGUUUAGAAUUAAGCACUGCUUUUGGCGAUCGGUCGGGAUUAGUAGGUCAGAUUGGAAAUUUGGGCAAUGCCCAUCUUAGUUUAGGAGAAUAUCAGAAAGCCAUUGACUAUUACAAAACAGGUUUAGAAAUAAGCACUGUUAUUGGCGAUCGGUCAGGAAUAGCAAGUCACAAUGGCAAUUUGGGCAAUGCCUAUCUUAGUUUAGGAGAAUAUCAGAAAGCCAUUGAUCAUUACAAAACAGGUUUAGAAAUAAGCACUGCUAUUGGCGAUCGGUCAGGAAUAGCAAGUAAGAAUGGCAAUUUGGGCAGUGCCUAUCAUAGUUUAGGAGAAUAUCAGAAAGCCAUUGACCAUUACAAAACAAGUUUAGAAAUAAGCACGGCUAUUCGCGAUCGGUCAGGAAUUGCAAGUAGCAAUGGCAAUUUGGGCAAUGCCUAUGAAUAUUUGGGCGAAUAUCAGAAAGCCAUUGACCAUUACAAAACAAGUUUAGAAAUAAGAACGGCUAUUGGCGAUCGGUCAGGAAUAGCAAUUAGCAAUGGCAAUUUGGGCAAUGCCUAUCAUAGUUCAGGAGAAUAUCAGAAAGCCAUUGACCAUUGCAAAGUAGGUUUAGAAAUAAGCACUGCUAUUGGCGAUCGGUCAGGAAUAGCAAGGAACAAUGGCAAUUUGGGCAAUGCCUAUCUUUGUUUAGGAGAAUAUCAGAAAGCCAUUGACCAUUACAAAACAGGUUUAGAAAUAAGCACUGCUAUUGGCGAUCGGUCAGGAAUUGCAAGUAAGAAUAGCAAUUUGGGCAAGGCCUAUGAAUGUUUAGGAGAAUAUCAAAAAGCUAUUGGCCAUUACAAAACAGGUUUAGAAAUAAGCACUGCUAUUGGCGAUCGGUCAGGAAUAGCAAAUGAGAAUGGCAAUUUGGGCAAUGCCUAUGUUAGUUUAGGGGAAUGUCAGAAAGCCAUUGUCCAUUACAAAACAGGUUUAGAAAUAAGCACGGCUAUUGGCGAUCGGUCAGGAAUUGCAAGUAGGCAUGGCAAUUUGGGCAAAGCCUAUCUUAGUUUAGGUGAAUAUCAGAUAGCCAUUGGCCAUUACUUAACAGGUUUAGAAAUAAGCACUGCUAUUGGCGAUCGGUCAGGAAUAGCAAGUAACAAUGGCAAUUUGGGCUAUGCCUAUCAUAGUUUAGGGGAAUAUCAGAAAGCCAUUGACCAUUGCAAAACAGGUUUAGAAAUGAGCACUGCUAUUGGCGAUCGGUCAGGAAUAGCAAGUAACAAUGGCAAUUUGGGCAAUGCCUAUCUUAGUUUAGGAGAAUAUCAGAAAGCCAUUGACCAUUACAAAACAGGUUUAGAAAUAAACACUGCUAUUGGCUAUCAGUCGGGAAUAGCAAAGAACAAUAUUAGUUUGGGCAAUACCUAUCUUAGUUUAGGAGAAUAUCAGAAAGCCAUUGAUCAUUACAAAACAGGUUUAGAAAUAAGCACUGCUAUCGGCGAUCGGUCAGGCAUAGCAAAUGAGAAUGGCAAUUUGGGCAAUGCCUAUGUUAUAUUAGGGGAAUAUCAGAUAGCCAUUGACCAUUACAAAACAGGUUUAGAAAUAAACACUGCUAUUGGCGAUCGGUCAGCAAUAGCACGUAAGUAUGGCAAUUUGGGCAAUGCCUAUUUUAGGUUAGGAGAAUAUUGGAAAGCCAUUGACCAUUUCAAAACAGGUUUAGAAAUAAGCACUGUUAUUGGCGAUCGGUUAGGAAUAGCAACUAAGAUUGGCAAUUUGGGCAAUGCUAUAUUGUCGUUUAGGAGAAUAUCAGAAAGCCAUUGACCAUUACAAAACAGGUUUAGAAAUAAGCACUGCUAUUGGCGAUCGGUCAGGAAUGGCAAGAAACAAUGGCAAUUUGGGCAAUGCCUAUCGUUGUUUAGGAGAAGAUCAGAAAGCCAUAGACCAUUACAAAACAGGAUUAGACAUUAGCACUGGUAUUGGCGAUUGUUUAGGAAGAGCAAUUAAUCUCAGCAACUUAGGAAAUGCGUAUCGAUGUCUUGGAGACUAUGAAGUUGGAGCACCACUCUUGGUGGAGUCAAUUAGUUUGUACGAUAAAAUUUUUUUAGACUUCGUUCCGGAUGAAAAUAAGCUGUCAUUCAUGAUAAACUAUUUCGUAUCUCAUAAACGUUUGAUGAGUUGUUUCCUUUCUUUGGAACGCGUUGAAUCCGCAUUAUUAGUCGUUGACCUUGGUAAGGCUAAGGAGCUCCAUUGCUGCGUUGAAAAACAUAAGAAUUCGGUGGACAAGGUCAUGUUGGAUUAUGCGCGUGUGAUAUGGAAUAGAAUCGAGGCCGGAGAAGAACGAAGAGAAACGGAAGAAAUGAAAAACAUUUUCCAUCUAGGAAAAAAUGAUACGUCAGUAUUAGUAUUCGCUUUUGAUUUGAAAACAUUUCUCAAUGUUUGGGUUUUAAAUAAUGAAGUGUUCUUUCGAAAAUUGGAUGCAUGUUUGAAAACAUUUCAGUUUCUAAUUAUGGAACUUCUUUGGAGGGAAAAAGUUAGUGUUGUUCGGAAUUCUUCGUUUUGCAACUCCGAUUCAAUAGUUGAUACUCACAUUCAAAUGAUGUUUCCAUUUGAAAUGUCAAACAAAAAGGCACUCUCUAAAAAUGCGUUUGAAAAUAUUACUUGCUAUAGUCAUUUAAGUAAUCAAGAAAUUUUAGAAAGAUUGUUCAAACUUUUAGUUGAUCCGGUGAAAGAUCUUCUUUGCGGCAAUAAGCUGAUUAUCGUCCCUGACGGGCAAUUGUUUUUUACACCUUUUUCAGCAUUAAUUAAUGAAAAUAGCUCUUAUUUAUCCAACAGUUUCGGCGUUCAAAUUACACCUUCAUUGCAUACGCUGAAGUGUGCCAUGAAACAAUCCUGUGACUCAGACUUUGGUUUUGCGUUGUUUGUUGGUAAUCCAACUGUUGGAACAGUUUGUUUAAACGGAAAAGAAGUUACACCCUCUGACUUGCCUAAUGCCGCUGAAGAAGUUAUAUGUCUGUCAAAGCUUUUCCAAGCUAGGCCUUUUUUAGGACGCGAAGCAACAAAAGAGGUAGUAUUGCAACAUCUACGUGGAGCUAGUAUAAUCCAUAUCGCUGCCCACGGCGAAACAAAUCAAGGUGAAAUAAUGCUUGCGCCAAACUUUUCCCUGGCGCAACCAUGUUUUGCUGUUCCCAAGCCAGAGUCGUAUCUUCUCACACAGCGAGAUAUUCUAAAUAUUUCUGUGCAAGCCCGCUUGGUAGUUCUAUGCUGUUGCCAUACCGGCCAAGGUAAAAGUACUUCAGAAGGUGUAAUAGGUAUAACUCGAGCUUUUCUUGCAGCCGGAGCGCGCUGUGUUCUUGCUACACUAUGGCCGAUUGACGAUAGUGCCACAAAAGAGUUUAUGGAAAAAUUCUAUGGCAAACUCUGCGAAGAAACAAGAGUUUGUGAAGCUUUAAGAAGAACACAGAACCUCUUUCAGAAACACGAAAUAGAAGCUUACCGAUCCAGUAGGAUUUGGGGUCCAUUUACUAUCUAUGGAGAAGACGCGAAUUUCCGUAAGAAUGAGAUUAAGCAAAUCAGAGAAAAAUCUCGUGAGAUGUUUUCUGGUUUCGUAGUGCUUUAA